AUGUACAUCACUCUCUACUUCAUAGUCACCCGCCUCCCUGACUCUAUUGGCACUGUCGGGGACCUCCUUCUCGCCAUCGACCCCACGGACCUCACUGUCGACCUGCUCGAAAAGCACCUCCUUGCAUCUGAGACUAGCAUAGUCGCUGUAGGUGCUUCUCGUGGCACUCCUCGCACUCCCUUCUUUGAGGGGUGCUCGCCCUCCCCCCUUCUCCCCUCAGUCGCCUCUAUUGCAGCUGUUGACUACCUACGUGUUGAGGAUGUAGGAGCUGCGUCUGCCCCUAGUGGGAGGCGCUGCAGCGGCAGGGACAGGGAAGGCAGGGGCGGUGGGGGUGGCAGAGGUGGAGGCGGUGGUGGGGGCGGUGGAGGCGGUGGUGGGGGCGGUGGAGGCGGUGGAGGGGGCGGCGGUGGCGGAGAGAGUGGUGGUGUGGGUAAAGGCAUAGGUGGCGGUAGUGGUGGCGGCAAUGCGGGUGGAGGCGGCGGCAGUGGUGGCGGCCGGGGUGGUACCAGCCAAAGGGGAGGCCUUGGCGGUGGUGACCGCUCUGGUCAGACAUGCGGGAAGCCUCACACCCAGCACCGCUGCUUCUCUCGUCUACCCGACGCCUUCCGCUUAGAGUUUCCCAACGCGGCUGAGCUCCCCUGCUAG